UGGGGGCCCCGAGCGGUCCGCGCCCACCCGAGCCGAGCGGGGCAGGCAGAGCGCGCGGCGUCGGUGCCCUUGACCAUGGCAGCGGCCGCGCUCCUGCUGGGACUGGCACUGGCGCUGCUGGCACCGCGGGCGGCCGGCGCGGGCAUGGGCGCGUGCUACGACGGCGCGGGGCGCCCGCAGCGCUGCCUGCCGGUGUUCGAGAACGCGGCGUUCGGCCGGCGCGUCGAGGCCUCGCACACGUGCGGCAACCCGCCCGAGGACUUCUGCCCCCACGUGGGCGCCGCGGGCGCGGGGACGCAGUGCCAGCGCUGCGACGCCGCCGACCCCCAGCGCCACCACAACGCCUCCUACCUCACCGACUUCCACAGCGAGGACGAAAGCACCUGGUGGCAGAGCCCGUCCAUGGCCUUCGGCGUGCAGUACCCCAACUCGGUCAACAUCACCCUCAACCUGGGGAAGGCUUACGAGAUCACCUACGUGAGGCUGAAGUUCCACACCAGUCGCCCCGAGAGCUUCGCCAUCUACAAGCGCAGCCGAGCGGACAGCCCGUGGGAGCCCUACCAGUUCUACAGCGCCUCAUGCCAGAAGACCUACAGCCGGCCCGAGGGCCAGUACCUGCGCCCCGGCGAGGACGAGCGUGUGGCCUUCUGCACCUCUGAGUUCAGCGACAUCUCCCCGCUGAGUGGGGGCAACGUGGCCUUCUCCACCCUGGAGGGCCGGCCCAGCGCCUACAACUUCGAAGAGAGCCCUGGGCUGCAGGAGUGGGUCACCAGCACUGAGCUCCUCAUCUCUCUCAACCGGCUCAACACAUUUGGGGACGACAUCUUCAAGGACCCCAGGGUGCUCCAGUCCUACUACUAUGCCGUGUCCGACUUCUCUGUGGGCGGCAGGUGCAAGUGCAACGGGCACGCCAGCAAGUGUAGCCCCGACGCCGCAGGCCAGCUGGCCUGCCAGUGCCAGCACAACACCACCGGCACGGACUGUGAGCGCUGCCUGCCCUUCUUCCAGGACCGCCCGUGGGCCCGGGGCACCGCCGAGGCCGCCCACGAGUGUCUGCCCUGCAACUGUAGCGGCCGCUCGGAGGAAUGCACAUUUGAUCGGGAGCUUUUCCGAAGCACGGGCCACGGCGGGCGCUGUCACCACUGCCGUGACCACACGUCUGGGCCACACUGUGAACGCUGCCAGGAGAAUUUCUAUCACUGGGACCCUCGGAUGCCAUGCCAGCCCUGCGACUGCCACUCAGCAGGCUCUCUACACCUCCAGUGUGAUGACACAGGCACCUGCGCCUGCAAGCCCUCUGUGACCGGCUGGAAGUGUGACCGCUGUCUGCCCGGGUUCCACUCGAUCAGCGAGGGUGGCUGCAGACCCUGCACCUGCAAUCCCGCUGGCAGCCUCGACACCUGUGACUCCCGCAGUGGCCGCUGCCCCUGCAAAGAGAAUGUGGAAGGCAACCUGUGUGACAGAUGUCGCCCUGGGACCUUUAACCUGCAGCCCCACAACCCGACCGGCUGCAGCAGCUGCUUCUGCUACGGCCACUCCAAGGUGUGCACGGCCGCCGCCCAGUUCCGGGUGCAUCACAUCCUCACCGAUUUCCACCAGGGAGCCGAAGGCUGGCGGGCCAGAAGUGGGGGGAGCUCCAAGCAACCCCCGCAAUGGAGCCCGAGCGGGGUCUUCCUGAGCCCAGAAGAUGAGGAGGAGCUCACAGCGCCAGAUAAGUUCCUGGGAGACCAGCGGUUCAGCUAUGGGCAGACCCUCAUCCUGACCUUCCAGGUGCCCCCUGGGGGCUCCCCACUCCCUGUGCAGCUGAGGCUGGAAGGGGCGGGCUUGGCCCUGUCCCUGAGGCACUCUAGCCCCUCUGGCCCCCAGGAUGCCGGGCACCCCAGGGAGGUGGAGCUCAGGUUCCACCUGCAGGAGACCUCCGAGGACGUGACCCCUCCACUGCCCCCCUUCCACUUCCAGCGGCUCCUCGCCAACCUCACCAGCCUUCGCCUCCGCGUCAGCCCCGGCCCCAACCCUACCGGCCAAGUGUUCUUGACUGAGGUCCGGCUCACAUCCGCCCGGCGGGGGCUUUCCCCGCCAGCCUCCUGGGUGGAGACUUGUUCAUGUCCCAACGGCUACACGGGCCAGUUCUGUGAAUCAUGUGCUCCAGGGUACAAGAGAGAGACACCACGAGGGGGUCCCUAUGCCAGCUGUGUCCCCUGCACCUGUAACCAGCAUGGCACCUGUGACCCCAACACAGGGAUCUGCGUGUGCGGCCACCACACCGAGGGCCUGUCCUGUGAGCGCUGCUUGCCAGGUUUCUAUGGCAACCCCUUUGCAGGCCAAGCCAACGACUGCCGGCCCUGUCCCUGCCCUGGCGGGUCGGCCUGCACAACCAUCCCGGAGAGCGGGGAGGUGGUGUGCACCCACUGCCCCCCGGGCCAGAGAGGGCGGCGCUGUGAGGUCUGUGAUGAUGGCUUUUUUGGGGACCCGCUGGGGCUCUCUGGGGCCCCCCAGCCCUGCCACCAGUGCCAGUGCAGCGGGAAUGUGGACCCCAAUGCCGUGGGCAACUGUGACCCCCUGUCUGGCCACUGCCUUCGCUGCCUGCACAAUACCACAGGUGACCACUGUGAGCACUGUCAGGAAGGCUUUUACGGGAGCGCCCUGGCCCCUCGGCCCACAGACAAAUGCACACCCUGCAGCUGCCAUCCACAGGGCUCGGUCAGUGAGCAGAUGCCCUGCGACCCCAUGACCGGCCAGUGCUCCUGCCUGCCUCACGUGACUGGACGAGACUGCAGCCGCUGCUACACUGGCUUCUUUGACCUCCAGGCUGGGAGGGGCUGCCGGAGCUGCAAGUGUCACCCACUGGGCUCCCAAGAGGAUCAGUGCCAUCCCAAGACUGGCCAGUGCACCUGCCGCCCAGGCGUCACAGGCCAGGUCUGUGACAGAUGCCAGCUGGGUUUCUUUGGCUUCUCCAUCAAGGGCUGCCAGGCCUGCAGGUGCUCCCCGCUGGGCGCCGCCUCGGCCCAGUGCCGGGAGAAUGGCACGUGCGUGUGCAGGCCUGGCUUUGAGGGCUACAAAUGUGACCGCUGCCACGACAACUUCUUCCUUACGGCCGACGGCACACACUGCCAGGAGUGCCCGUCCUGCUACGCCCUGGUGAAGGAGGAGGCAGCCAAGCUGAAGGUCAGACUGACUUUGAUGGAGGGGCGGCUGCAAGGGUCCAACUGUGGCAGUCCCUGGGGACCACUAGACAUUCUGCAGGGAGAGGCCCCAAGAGGGGAUGUCUACCAGAGCCCCCACCUGCUGCCAGCGGCUCGGGAAGCCUUCCAGGAGCAGAUGAUAGGCCUUGAGGGUGCUGUGAAGACUGCUCGGGAGCAGCUGCAGAGGCUGAGCAAGGGUGCCCGCUGUGCCCGGGCCAGAGCCCAGAAGACCUGCACCCAGCUGGCAGACCUGGAGGCAGUGCUGGCGUCCUCAGAAGAGGAGAUUCUGCACGCAGCUGCCGUUCUUAUGUCUCUGGAGAUUCCUCAGGAAGGGCCUGGCCAGCCCAGCAACUGGAGCCACCCGGCCACAGAGGCCCGUGCCCUCGCCAGGAGCCACAGAGACGCCGCUGCCAAGAUCGCAGCCACUGCUCGGAGGGCCCUGCUCGCCUCCAACACCAGCUACAUGCUUCUCCAGAGUCUGCUGGAGGGAAGGGUGGCCCUGGAGACCCAGCGGGACCUGGAGGACAGGUACCAGGAGGUCCAGGCGGCCCAGGAAGCGUUGGGCAUGGCUGUGGCAGAGGUGCUGCCUGAAGCGGAAAGUGUGCUGGCCACCGUACAGCAAGUUGGCGCAGAUACAGCCCCGCACCUGGCCUCACUGGCUGCCCUGGGAGCCCUGCCUCAGAAGUCGGGGGCUGAAGAGCUGGGCCGGAAGGCGAGGGCCCUGGAGAAGACAGUUGCAUCAAGACAGCACCUGGCCACCGAGGCUGCCCGAGCCAUCCAGGCUGCUGCCCAGGCGGCACUGCAGAAAACAGAGCCCCUCACACAGCUGCACCAGGAGGCCAGAGCCGCCCUGACCCAGGCUUCCUCGUCAGUCCGGGCUGCCACAGUGACCGUCAUGGGGGCCAGGACUCUGCUGGCCGACCUGGAAGCCUCAGCCGGGUUUGCAGGAAUGAAGCUGCAGUUUCCUCGGCCCAAGGACCAGGCGGCUCUGCAGAGGAAGGCAGACUCCGUCAGGGACAGGCUGCUUGCAGACACGAGAAAGAAAACCAAGCAGGCGGAGAGGAUGCUGGGAAACGCGGCCCCUCUUUCCUCCAGUGCCAAGAAGAAGGGCAGGGAAGCAGAGGUGUUGGCCAAGGACAAUGCCAAGCUCGCCAAGGCCUUGCUGAGGGAGGGGAAACAGGGGCACCGCCGUGCCAGCCGGCUCACCAGCCAGACGCAAGCCAUGCUCCAGCAGGCAUCCCGGCAGGUUCUGGUGUCUGAAGCACGCAGACAGGAGCUGGAGGAAGCUGAACGGGUGGGUGCUGGGCUGAGCGAGAUGGAGCAGCAGAUCCAGGAAUCACGCAUCUCCCUGGAGAAGGACAUUGAGGCCCUGUCAGAGCUGCUUGCCAGGCUGGGGUCGCUGGAUGCCCAUCAAGCCCCAGCCCAGGCCCUGAACGAGACUCAGUUGGCACUGGAACGCUUGAGGCUGCAGCUGGGCUCCCAGGGGGGCCUGCAGAGGAAACUGAGGCUGUUGGAGCAGGAAUCCGAGCAGCAGGAGCUGCAGAUCCAGGAGUUUGAGAGCGGCCUCGCCGAGAUCCGUGCCGACAAACAGAACCUGGAGGCCAUUCUGCACAGCCUGCCCGAGAACUGUGCCAGUUGGCAGUGAGGGCCGCCCAGACCCCCGGCACACUCCCCGCCUGCUGUUUACAUGACUGGGGUGUGGACACUACCCCACAGGUGUGCCCAUACCGGCGCACCCUGGAGCUGGCUGCUGUGGACUCGAUCCCAAGCGAAUAGUCACACUCCCUGCUGAGUCUGUCUGUGGCUUCUUCCCUGCCAGAGGACUGAGUGUACGCAGUCAAUUCACCUGGGCAUCGGUGCACACUCCCACCCCUGCACGUGCAUAAAUAGGCACACCCCGGCGUCAAUAACACAUACACACGUGAGGGUGCAUGUCUGUGCGUAUGACCCACACGUUUUCAAGUCCAGUCCAUCCAGUCCACAGCUUACUGUCCACACACUGCAGUCUGCAGCUGUUGGGACAGCCACCUGUGCGCUAGGCUGGAUGCUGGGCAGCUUGUUACAGGAGAUACCCUGGGGUGCCAACAUCCAUUCACUCCAGACCACAGGGAGAUCUCAGCAGAUCUGCAGAGAUCAAGCUGUCAGCAAGAGCCGAAGCCCCUAGUCCCAGAGCUGGCUGAGCUGUUUCAUGACAGCUGCCCGACAUCUGGCCCUGCGUGCACACCCCACAGCUCCACACAGCCAGGAGACCAACAGGCCAAGAAAUGCAAGAUUCUGGGAGGAUUCUCAGCAGUGGAACCUGAGACCCGGAGAGCCCUGAGGGCAUGGCCAGGCCUGCUAGUCUGGCUAGAGCAAGGCCCACUCCUGGUGGGAGGUGUCACGGGCUUCACCGGAUGCUUCCUUCUCGGGUUCCCCAGACUGCACCAGACGCCCUGAGGGAAUGGCCCACACUGGCCUGUACCCACUUCGGCCUGUUAUCGAUCCCAAGAGCCAGCCCAAGAGCACCUGGGUCAGGGGGCUCAGGCCAUCAGGAGCGCCCCUUUGUGCCCCCAGCAACCCAGCUGACCUUUGAUGCUUCCCAAACCAGCCCUGCAGCAGCACCUGCCAUGCAGGAGGUCACAAGGGUGUGGAAGCCUGGCUGCCAUUCCAGUCUGUCCUGCCUGGGAAUCGCCCUGUGGCCAGGCCCUCGAGCCCAGGACUCCUCAGCAUUUCCUCUUGGCACCCCUCCCCUCUUCCGGGCCCUCUUCCAGCAGACCGCAAGGCCUUGGCAUUGGGAAGACAGACGCCUCUGCGGGCCCAGGCCCUACCCACGGCUUCCCUGACAGGGGCAGGGGUAGGGCAGCAGCACAGACCGAUUCUGUUUAACGUGGAAAUAAAGGACCCUUUUACUGGG